AUGCAGUUUGGAGUCCUUGUCAACGCAACCGUCGCUCUCGCCGGACUGCAGGCGCGCCAGAACAAGAACUGUCCUGCGCAGCCUACAUGCCCCCGCUGGAACCACUGCGUCUCGCAGACGACCAAUGGCGCCAUUUUCCGUUUCAACUGCAACACUGACUACAACGGCACUGUCAUCACCACUGCUCAGGCCAACACCUUCGCCGACUGUGCCGAUGCAUGCGGCAGGCGUCGCGGCUGCACAGCCUUCAACAAGAAAGACAACUUCUGCUACCUGCUUGGCAAGGAGAUCGGCGUGUCGCGAACAGGUACCGACGUAAACGCCGGCGUCCAAAUCAUCACAGCUACCAAGCCCGAACCCACGCCCGGCGCUUCCAGCUGCGGCUCUUCCAUCGACUGCCCCAACGACGACUACUGCCGGUACACGACCAACGGCAAGGCGUACAUUGCGCGCUGCAGCUACGACUACUACGGCGGCGACAUUGCCAUUGGCGAGACGCCUUCGCUGACCGAGUGCGUGACGCGCUGCUCCAUUAUGCCGGGCUGUCUGGCUGCCACGUGGGCUGGCGGCAUGUGCUAUCUUAAGAACGGGGAUAGCGUCGUCAUCUAUAACAGUUUCGCGGAUAGUGUCUAUCUCGACUCGGAAGUCAACGCUUUCACCGGCUAG